AUGUAGUUAGUGUUAUAAGGAAUAUAGAAAAUCUGAAAAUGGUCCAUGUAUAAAAUGCUAAAAUUGUGAUUAUUGUUAAUCAAUCUCAAAUAACAAUGAAGAAGAAUGUAGAUCUGCUUAUUUUUGUAAAUCCUUAUAGUAUUUUCACGAUAACAAAUGCAUUGAUUGUGGACUUUAUUGUUAAAAUUGCAAUAAAGAUGGAUGUUUAACAUGUUUCAAUUCUUUAUAAUAUUAUAUACGUUUAGAUAGAUAAAGUUGUGGAAUUUGUUCAAUUCAAAAUUGUAAGUAUUGCUUUGAAUAUUUAUAUUUGGAUCCUUUUUUUUAUUCAUCUUUUGAUUAAAUCAAUUAUUUCGGUGUUUAUGAAUAACAUAAAAUUAUGAUAGGUUGUGCUGAAUGCUAUCCAGGCUAUGCUUUUUCAUUAAAUACAAAUACUUGUUAAAUAUAAGAUGUAAAAGAAUGUGAUUCAGGAAUUUAUGAUCAAGAAGAAAACUUUAUUUGUUUAAAAAGUUCUAUAUUAACUACAUCACUCUAAAAUAUAGAUUGUUCAGAAUUAGAAAACUGUUAUCAAUGUAUUAAGUAAUAUACAUAUGCAAUAAUCAAUUUUUGUAUCAUCUGUUAAGAUGGAUAUUAUUCAGAAUGGCAAACUGGUAUUUGUAAAUAAUGUCCAGAAUAUUGUAAGAUUUGUGUGUAAUAGCAUGCUGAUUAAAAUGAUUUUUGGAAAUCUGAUCUUAAAGCUUUUUAUUUGUAUUUUUUAAAUCCUAAUAAGGACAACGAUUUUGAAUAUUACGGAAUUAUCUCAGAUUCAUUAUAAAUCCUAUGUUUAGAAUGUUUAAAUAAUUUCUUAUUAUAUAAAAAUGCUUGUUAUAUAGGAUGCACAGAUGAAUGUUUAGAUUGUAGAAUUAUUGAAUAAUUAUAAUCGCCUCCUAUAAUUUCAAAAUGCUUUAAAUGUAAACCUAAUUAAUAUGGACUUGUUAGAACCUUAGUAAAUUAUUAAUGUUAAAAAUGUGCUCCUUAUUGCAUUCUUUGCUAAACUAGAUCUAACUAAGAAAUCUAAUAAAUUAAUUCUUUUUUUGAUAUCACUUCUAUUUACUAUUAUUACUCUAUGAAAUGCUUAUUAAAAUCUGACACUCAAAAUGAAAAUAUUAAUAUUAUUCCAAAUACUCUUAAUGUUAUUAACUGUGGUGAAAUGAAAAAAUGCAACAAGUAGAUUUUGAGUUUUUAUAACAUAUACUGUAAUAAAAUAUUAACCAAUGAUCCCAAUGAUUCAUAAAAAAGAUAAUCUUUAACUUUUUAUGAUACACUCAUAUUAGGUGGAAUCUAAAGAUGGGAAGAUUCAAGUUUAAUGAAUCUACUUAAUGAAUUAAGUAUUCAAGAUUUUACAUAUGAUUUAUAAAUGAAAUGUCAGGAACAAUGUUAUUAAAGUGCAGGAUUCUAUUCAUCGAUAUAAACAAAUCUAAAAACUUAUACCUUUUAUUUACGUAAGGUUAAUUUAAAUAUUUACUCUAAGUCUAAUUUAUGUUCAAUUCUCAUAAGCCUUCCUUUCUAUAUAAAUAAUUUUAACUCUAUACUUUUAAAAAAUCUUGUAUUUAUUUCAAGCUAUUAUGAAUAAUUAUCAUAGUAAAAAGUAGUUAAUGUUUUGUUCUAAAUAAAUAAUCCACAUGAAACUUUAAUGAUAACAAUUGAUAAUUGUCAUUUUACUUAAAAUAAAUUUGAUAUACCUCAUUUUCUAUCCCUAACAAGCAAUAAACCAUAAAACAUACAAUUGUUAAACUUAAGUCUUUACAAUUUAAAGGUUUAAAAAAGUAAAGUGUUUGAUUUUUAACCUAAUCUUGAUACAACAAUUUCAACAAUGGUUGUUCAUAAUUUUAAAUUAUAAGAUUCUGAAUUUGUGAAUACAUCAAUUUACUAUUUUAAUGCUUUAGACAAGAAUCUAAAUUAUGAAUUAUUUUUUGAAAAUGUGACUAUACUUAAUACAAAUUUUACCAUAAAUUCCUUUUUUAUCAAUUUAGAAUUUGAAAAUAAUUUUUAGAUUGAGAAAGUUGAAAUAAAAAAUAUUUAUCUCGAAAAUGUUAAUAUAAAUAAAAAUUCUAGUUUUAUCAAAUUAUUAUCUUGUAAGAAUCUUAUUCUUAAAAAUUUAACUAUGAAAAAUCUUUUUAUAUAAGGUAACUCUGCAGUAAUAUUAGCAAGGAAUAUUUUAAUUAAUUCAAUUACUUUUGAGAAUUCUUUUGUAAACUAAAGUUGUUUUAUAUCUAAUACAUAAUCUAAUGCUUAAUUACUUUAUUAAAAUGAUGAAAUAAAAAAAUUUGAAAUUUAUGAUAUAAGAUUUAUCAAUAAUAAAUAUUCUCAUGAAAAAACCUUUUUCAAAAUAGUCAGAUUGGAAAGUGAAAAUAUUUUUGUUAAUAUUUAAAAUCUCAUCUUUUAAAAUAACAAUUACUUUAAGUUAGAUUAUGGUACUUAAUAACUCAAUUUUAUUUCCUAUAGAUAGGCUUUAAUAUAUAUUGAAUGUUCAUUUUGUUAUUUUCAAAAUAUAGAAAUAACAAGAGGUGUUGGUUAUCCUGAAAUGGCAAUAAUGAAAUCUAAUGAUUUAUAAAUUUAAAAUUUAACUGUUGAAUAAGAAAUUGAAAUACAUAGAAAAACUAGAUUUCUGCAUUCCUCAUUUGAUUGCAUAAGCAAAUAUCACUAUUUGGAUCUCUAUUUUGUAAUAUAUAUAUAACAAUUUCAUCAAGUAUAAUUAAAGCAAAUAUUCUUGUAAAAUCUUGUUGGUAAAGAUUAUCCAUUUAUUGUUUUUGAAGGAUAAAGUUUAACUGAAGAAGUUCGUUAAGGGAUAAUCAUUAUAUAGGAUUGUAUUUUUCAGAAUAAUAUAUAAAUAACAACUAAAUUAAAUAUCUAUUCAACCAUUAUUUCUAUAAAAACUUAACAAAAAACAAAUAUUUAAUUUGAAAAUGUUAUUUUUUAAAAUAAUUGGUUAAACAAGUAUGAAGACGAAAUUUAAAUACAUUCAUCAACUACCUUAAUAAUAGAGACUUUUUAGGGGGAAAUACUUUUGAAAAAUACAAAUUUUUCGUCGAAUAUCAUCACUAAUUCUUCUGAUUCAGUCAUAUAUAUUAAAACUUAAAAUCUAACCAUUCUAAAUUGUCACUUUAAUAAUUAGAAUAAUUUAAAUCUGAAUUUAAUUAAAAGAAAUAUCCUUUGGGAUAUUAACUAAAAUAAUUUAGAAUUAUCAUUAAAAUAUUUUUUUCAAACAAUUUCAUAAGGUGGAAAUGGAUAAUUAUUUGUAAAUUCCAUAAAAAUUAUUGAUAGUAGAAUUAAUAAUUCAAUUGCACUUUAAGGAGGAGGAUUUUAUAUAUCUACUACUUCAGAAGGAAAAAUUUAGAUAUUAAAUUCAUAAUUUUUAAAUACUUAAACUAACCUUAAUGGAUAUUCAAUCUCAUAAGGCGGUUUAUUUUAUAUAGAUGCUCAAAAUAGUAGACUUAAUUUUUAAAUGGAAAAUAGUUUGAUUUUUAGGUCUUAUUCAAGAUAAGAAGGUGGAGCUAUAUUAAUUAUUCCUUCAAGAAUUGAAAAUUAUAUCUAUUUCAAUAACGUUUCUUUUGAAUCGUCAUUUUCAUUUAAAUCCUCCAUCUUAUUUUAUAAUUCUAAUUAACUACCAACCUUAUCAUCUUAAAUUAUUAUCAACAAUUCAAGAUUUUAAAAUAAUGAAUCAGAGUUUUAUGAAUAUAUCAAAUUAAUAGAAGAUUUAUCAUUAUAAGAUGUUUAAACAUAUCAAAUUUAUAACCCUUCAAUUAGUAUAUAAUAUAGUAAUUUUAAAUUAUCUAAUUCAAUUUUUUACUAAAUCCACUUAGCUAAUUUAAUUAAAGUAACAAAUGUAAGAGAAAUUCUAUUAGAAAAUAUAAUUAUUUCUAAUUCCAAUAUAUUCAAUUCUCCAUUAAUUACAUUAUCAUUGUUAAAAAGUAAUAUUUUAUUUGAUAUUUAGAUUUUUAAGGGAAUUUGUUAAUUAAUGGGUUAUAGAUAAAAAAGAUAAUCCAAUAUAAUUAUCCUUCUGUCCAAUCAUGUAAAUCCAGUAAAAAAGAGUAGCUUAAUAAAUUAAUAUGUCCAAUAACUAGCCUAUAAAUUGUUUUUGAACCUGAAAUAUAUCUAAAAUAAACUGACCUAACUAAUUAAUUAAAUUGCAAUCUAAAUAUUUUAUACUCAAAACUCACCAAUAAUUUUGCUUUACUAUAACUCACUGACUUUACAUCAUUACAUUAAAUAAAUAUAAAUAAUCUUGAAAUUUUAGAUAGUAUCUGUAAAAAUUGUUAUUAUGGACUUAUAACAAUAUAAUAAUUAGAGUUUCAAAAUAUAAAUUUAAAAAUAGAUUCCUUAAAUAUAAAAGAUAAUAUAUGUGGAUAAAUGGGAUGCUUAUCAAUUAUGAAUAAUUUUGAUUCAAAUGUUCUUGAUUUUUCAGAAUCUUCAAGAAUUUUAAUGCAAAAUAAUUUAAGUCUUUUGGAGAAUUUUGUAGAUUUUAAUAUUUCGACAAAACUCACAAAUUGUUUAUUUUUUAAUAAUUCUGCUUCAUUUGGUGGCGGAUGCUUUUUUGCUAAUUUAAAUAUUUAUUUAGAUUAAUGCAUUUUCUUAAAAAACACAGCUUAUAAAAGUGGAGGAGGAAUUUUCUUUUUUUCUAAGAAUAAUAAAAUCUUAUUGACAAACACAAAAAUAUUAAAUAAUACAGCUUAAAUUGCUGGUGGCAUAUAUAUAAGCCAGGACUAAUUAAAUUAAAAUUAAAAUUUUAAUUUACUUAUAAAAGACAAUAAGGCUAAAUAAUUUGCAGAUAAUAUUUAUGAAUAGCCAUAUAAAUUAUAUUUUUCACAAAAAUAUAAUAUAACAUAAUAAAAUAAAAUUAUACAUAAGAAUGAAUCAACAAUUANUCAAAUUAAUAGAAGAUUUAUCAUUAUAAGAUGUUUAAACAUAUCAAAUUUAUAACCCUUCAAUUAGUAUAUAAUAUAGUAAUUUUAAAUUAUCUAAUUCAAUUUUUUACUAAAUCCACUUAGCUAAUUUAAUUAAAGUAACAAAUGUAAGAGAAAUUCUAUUAGAAAAUAUAAUUAUUUCUAAUUCCAAUAUAUUCAAUUCUCCAUUAAUUACAUUAUCAUUGUUAAAAAGUAAUAUUUUAUUUGAUAUUUAGAUUUUUAAGGGAAUUUGUUAAUUAAUGGGUUAUAGAUAAAAAAGAUAAUCCAAUAUAAUUAUCCUUCUGUCCAAUCAUGUAAAUCCAGUAAAAAAGAGUAGCUUAAUAAAUUAAUAUGUCCAAUAACUAGCCUAUAAAUUGUUUUUGAACCUGAAAUAUAUCUAAAAUAAACUGACCUAACUAAUUAAUUAAAUUGCAAUCUAAAUAUUUUAUACUCAAAACUCACCAAUAAUUUUGCUUUACUAUAACUCACUGACUUUACAUCAUUACAUUAAAUAAAUAUAAAUAAUCUUGAAAUUUUAGAUAGUAUCUGUAAAAAUUGUUAUUAUGGACUUAUAACAAUAUAAUAAUUAGAGUUUCAAAAUAUAAAUUUAAAAAUAGAUUCCUUAAAUAUAAAAGAUAAUAUAUGUGGAUAAAUGGGAUGCUUAUCAAUUAUGAAUAAUUUUGAUUCAAAUGUUCUUGAUUUUUCAGAAUCUUCAAGAAUUUUAAUGCAAAAUAAUUUAAGUCUUUUGGAGAAUUUUGUAGAUUUUAAUAUUUCGACAAAACUCACAAAUUGUUUAUUUUUUAAUAAUUCUGCUUCAUUUGGUGGCGGAUGCUUUUUUGCUAAUUUAAAUAUUUAUUUAGAUUAAUGCAUUUUCUUAAAAAACACAGCUUAUAAAAGUGGAGGAGGAAUUUUCUUUUUUUCUAAGAAUAAUAAAAUCUUAUUGACAAACACAAAAAUAUUAAAUAAUACAGCUUAAAUUGCUGGUGGCAUAUAUAUAAGCCAGGACUAAUUAAAUUAAAAUUAAAAUUUUAAUUUACUUAUAAAAGACAAUAAGGCUAAAUAAUUUGCAGAUAAUAUUUAUGAAUAGCCAUAUAAAUUAUAUUUUUCACAAAAAUAUAAUAUAACAUAAUAAAAUAAAAUUAUACAUAAGAAUGAAUCAACAAUUAUUGAUUAGGUUAUAAUUUAACCAUAUACUUAUUAUGGGUCACAAAUAAAAUCAAAAUAAUUAUUAUUUCCUUCAGGAAUUCCAAUCGCAAAUUAUAAAUAUUUUGACUCAAAUAAAAAUUCUUAUAUUUCAAAUGAUUUAAUUUUUAGAAUAAGUGCUACAAAUUCUAUUAAUGAGAAAUUGUAAAAUCUAAGUGGGACAAGUUGUUAAAUAUAUGCUUAAAAAGUUAAUAGUAAAUUAGAGUAAGAUUAUAAUAACUUAAAUUUUGAUGAUAAAAUUACAUCAGAAUAUUUAUCUACAAAUAAAAAAGAAUUUAAUAUGAAUACUAGAGAUUAUAAUUUUGAUGACUUAAUUAUAUAUUUUAAUCCUUUUUAAGAAGAAUCAAAUUAUCUUUAAUUAGCAAUAUAAUGUAAAAUACUUCAAAUACCAUAAUAUAGUGGAGAAUUUCCAUUUGGUAUAAUUUCAAUAAUUAAGAAUUAUUUAUUAUUGUUAUAAAUUAGAACUUUUCAUUGUUAAUUAGGAGAAUACUUAAAUUUAUAGUCUGGAGGAUGUGUAGAAUGUGAUAUUUCAUAGAAUUAAUAUUCUGUUUCAUUUAAUGCUUCUAAAUGUGAAACUAAAGAUGAAAUUAAGAUUAAAAAUAUAUAGCCAGCCAUGAUUGAAUUAAGAGAAGGAUAUUGGAGACCAUUUUAUUUCAGUAAAAUUAUUGAAGAAUGCUAUCAUCUAAAUUUAAAUUGUUUAGGUGGUUGGUUUGCAGGAAAUCCUUCUUGUGCUUUUGGCCAUAUAGGAGCAUUAUGUGAAUAAUGUGAUUUAUAUAAUAUAGCAGGAAAUGGUUAAUUUUCUCAAAGCAAAAAGUAUUCAUGCUCUAGUUGUGAAGAUGUAGCUGGAAAUAUCGUUAAUAUAUUAUUGGUUAUAUUAUGGACUUUAUUUUCUGUCUUUUUGUCUGUUAACAGCACAAUUAAAAUGAUAGAAGAGUUUAUUCAAUAUACUAAACUUAAAACAAUAGGAAAAUUUAUAGUAUUUAAAUCAGCAUCAACUUCAGUUUUGAUAAAAGUCUUUACAAAUUAUUUAUAAAUUAUCAGUUCUUUAGCAACUUUUUAAUUAACAAUUCCUAGUGGAAUAACUUUAACAUUUACAUCAGUAGGAAAUCCAAUAGAAUCAAUGGCAUUCUCAUUAGAUUGUUAUUUAGUUUAAGUGAGCUCUAUACCAAUUCAUUAUCUUCGAUUAAUAUGGGGGCUCUUAAUGGUUGGAUUUUAUAUCUUUGCUUAUAUGUUUAUUCAUUUAGUCUCCUAAGUUGUUAUCAAUAAAUUAUAACCUAGCAUAACAUUUAUAGUUACUACUUUAAUAUACAUCUACAUAUAUUUAUCUCCAAAUAUUUUCGGAGGUUUGAUUUCUUUAUUAUCAUACAGAAAUAUUUCUAAUAUUGAUUGGAUUUCUGCUAAUGUAUCUUACGAAUAUAAUACCUCAUUACAUUAUGAUUGGUUGGUCUUUUUUGUAACCCCAAUAUUUAUUAUAAUUGGAAUUAUUUUGCCUCUUUUCUUUUGGUUUGUAGUUUAUUAUAAUCGAAGUAAAUUAGAUACAACAAAAGUAAGAAAGAUUUGGGGAUAUCUCUAUAACGAAUAUAAAGUAAGUACCUAUUAUUGGGAAACAAUAAAAAUUAUUUAAAAAGAAUUCAUUAUUUUAGUAUUAAUUUAUUAUGAAGAUUAUAUAGCAAUAAAAGCAAUUUUAAUCUUUUUUAUUUUGUAUAUAUAUGGUAAUCUAACAUAUUAAUAUAAACCAUACUAAACAGGAGAUUUAAAUCAUAUUGAUUCUUUACAGACAUCUAUAUGUAAAAUAUCCAUACUGUUAGCAUCACUUAUCUUUACAGCCUAAAGUUUACAGAUAAGAGAAAUAAUUUUGCCUUCUUACGUAAUUCUAGCAGUAAUUAAUUUUGCAUUUACCUUAAAUAUUCUUUCUAAAAUUUUAUUUGCUUACUUUGAUAAAUUGUAAGUGUAAAUUGAUUCUGUCAAGGCUUAUUUUAGUUAUAGAUUUCCAUAUAUUAUUAAAAGCAAUAAAAUUUGUGUGAAGGUAUUUAAAAACACAGUUGAAAGAAAAUAAAUAAUUAGAUAAAGAUUUUUAAUGAUUAAAGCUUAUUUACUUGCUGAAGCUAAAUAAAUAAUCCAAUACAAAGAGUAUAUAUAUAUUAUAGAGAUUUUUUAGGUUCUAAAAGUAAAUAAGUAAAACAAACAGAAAAAUGUAUGAUGGUGGAUUGUACGAUAACUUUUCCUCCUCUCCAUAGAAUAUCAAUAAAAUAAUUAGACUAAAUACAAAUUACAAUUCAUCAAGAUUUAAUAUUCAUAUCAAAUAAUCCUCUUCAGAAAAUUGA